UUUGGAGUGAAUCAGUGAUAUUUCGUAACUGUCCACGGGCAAUUAGUUGGUGACAUUUGGCCUAAAUCAUAAUGAAACUUCUCGUGGUAUACACGAUUGCCCUGGUGGCAGGUAUCCACGCAGCAGUUCAAGUCGACAAAGAGUGUGUUGGAAUCCGUAAUGGAAGUACAUUCAGGGUUAAGAACGAUUGCUCCAAAUACUAUACUUGUACGGGCGGAAAAUUUGUAGGGAGCCAAUGUCCAGCUGGGCUCUACUGGGACCAAGUUCAUCGCGUUUGUAGUACUUCCAACUUGGUUUCUUGUAACAUAGGGCCGUUUGCACCUGAGCCAGUAGCUCCUGAGCUACCAGUGGCACCAAUCGCUCCGGUGGUUCCGGUGCAUCCUGAAGUUCCAGUUUGGACUACCGCACCUAUAAUCAUUACUACUGCGGUCAUCCCAAUUGACAUUGAAAAUACAGAAAUAGAACUGGAUGAGUACAAAUGUCCUAAAAAUGGCGUCUCAAGUGUUGCUCAUAAGGACAGCUGCUCGAAAUACGUGAUGUGCUUCGAUGGCGUACCGGUCGUUCAGGACUGCGCUCCCGGACUCCAUUUCGAUGCUCACUCUGGCCAGUGCACUUAUCCCAUCUACGCCAAAUGCGGCCUCCAGGACAGAAUUUGCCCGAUGUGGAAUGACCCCUUCAAAAUGAUCUUCAUCGCUGACAGAUUUGACUGCGCCAAGUACUACUACUGUUACAACGGUGAGCCCCAUGAGAAUAGCUGUGCCCAGGGACUUCAUUGGGAUCCGGUUAACAACUGGUGUACACCGAUUGAGAAAUCCCAUUGCACCAACUUCACACCAUACAGAGAAGUGUACGAGCCACUGCUGACCCCGAAAACGGUUUCCUGUUCGGACACUUCCGCACACUGGGUAGACCACCCGAAAAGUUGCCGCCACUACUACCUUUGCUACAAGGGCAAAGCCAUGCUGAAGCGCUGCGAUGAAGGUCUAUUCUGGGACAACGAUGCUGGUUCGUGCAACUACGGUGCCAUCACUAACUGCAGAAAGUAGAGGUUACAUCAACACUAAAAGAAGGAAGUAAUAUCGUUGCGCUAUGUCUGCGGAUUCAAUAAAAUGCAUAAAUAAUUUCAAAUCGCUACUGUGAUAGAUGUCGAGUAUUGAAAA